AUGCGCUCCAGGCCACUGCCUGUGGCUGCCUGUACGGAGUCAUCACUCGAGGCGGUGAUGGGGCAUGGCAGUGCAGAGCCACAAAGAGGUCCUGUCGAAUGGCUGGGGGCAGGAGCUUGCAGGUCCAGCAGAGACAUGCAGAAGGAUGUCAUCGAGCCUCCCUCUCGGCCUCCGAUGCCAACCUUCGGGGAAAGAGUCAAAGCACAAGCACAGGCCUCGCCCCUUACAGCUCGAACUGCCGGCGAAGACACAGACAGUUCAAGUGGCGACGAAAUCUGCUUCUCCGGGAAGCCGUUGCUGGCGUCUGAGCAAGCGGACUCCGUACCGAAGGCGAGCCUGGGCACUCCUCCGAACACAGAACCCUCCAAGGAGGCGCGGCUGGCAGCUGUGCGAGCGCGGAUGCAGACUUUGGGAUGUUCGAAAAAGGAGCGGAAGGAUGCGCAGCAGGACAACUUGGACAGGGGUGACGACAGUGCGAAGUGCAUCGAGUUACCGGCCGGCGACUUUGGAAGUGGCCCGGACGUCUCGAUGCUUCCAUCCAGCGUCUUUGAAAAGCCCAAACGGGUGGAUGAACCUGGGACGGAGGCCGAGGCCCCUCACAGAGGUGACAGACCCAGGUCAGGUGUCACGAGCGAGGGCAGUGAGGACGAGCCCCAGGAGCACAAUCAGCGGAGCUGGUGGGCGCAGUUUUUCCGGCUUAGGCUACUUCAAACACCUGGAGCUGCCAGCCUUUGCGUGCCUUUGGCCCGGAUGGGUCUGCAGGAUACAGAUCUUCCGUCGGUAACGGCCAGCCUGGACCGGCUGCUCGAAGACCUGCGUGGUGAGCGGCUUGACACGCUUGCCGAAAGCAGCGAGAGCCUGCACCGGCCACCUGUACGUGCUCUGCUCGAAAUAGACCUCUCAGACAACAGCAUCUCCGAUCCCGGCGCUGUCUUUCUCUUCCGCUGGCUCUUGCGGCGUCGCAAGGAGGUCCGGUGUCGAGCCAUCCGCUUGGCUCGCAACAAGUUGGGAGAUGCUUCGAUGGAGUGGCUUGCAGCCCUGAUCUGUGCGCAGCACUCUGCCAUCGAGGAAAUCCAUCUCUCACAGAACCGCAUCACAGGUUCUGGUGCCGGGCAGCUUCUUCUCUCGUUGGCCUUGCAUCCCUUCGAGGCCUAUCCCUGGCUGGACAAACCUGGCCUCUUUGCCCCUGCUUGGGUCAGCCUGGACCAGAACAAUGUCCAGGAGUCUGCAGGUCUGCUCGGGCGUCUGCGGCUGCGCGCAGGCCUACGUGCCGUCUGCACUGACGGUCCGCAGCGGAAGUCCAGCUUCAAUGAGGCACCGCAUGUGCAGCUUGGUAGCAACUUUCUGAGCUCCGUUGCGUCGCGCUCGAAGCCAUCCGUCCUGCCGCUGGCGUUGGAGAAGGUUUGUCAAGGAGGCUCCUGGCCACCUUUGCCUGAAACGGAGAAGCCGCUGCCGAAUCUUCCGCGGACAACCUCUAAGUCGAGUCUCUCUCUGAUGGCACCUCAGACUUUUCGCAGGGAGCUCCUGGUGGACGAAGAAGAAGGGGCCGGCCUCCACUUGGAGACCGUGACUGAGGGGCUGAAGAUUUGUGAAAUCGCAGAGGUUCCGGGCCAGCCUGGCCUCCGCACUGACGACAUCAUCGUCGCAGUCGACGGCUUGCCUUUGUGGUGGUCAGCCUGCGAGCACGACCCCAAGGCCAAGGCUCCGAGGCAAGAAAGUGAGGAUUCCGAAGUAAAGGAUGCCGAGAGCGAUGAUGAUGCCCCAAGCGCCCGCUUCCGGGCUCGGUUUCGGCGUGGUGCGCGCUUAGACGUCUUCCGACAGAAGGCCCCCGAAGCUGCGCCAGCGCCCAUGCGGCAGCCCAUCCUGAGAGCGCAAGUCGGGUCACGGCGUGCUGCUCGUUUCUGCUGUCCCAUCUGCUGGGAUUCCUUUGACCGCUGGAACGAUUGCUUGCAGCAUCUGCGUGAACUCGGGCAUGAGCCAGAGCCACCUCCGGACCAACGGCGCGAAGAAGCAGCUGCUUGUUUGCGGAGGUGGAUGUCAACGUGCAUGUCGGCCGCUCGAGGUGAACUGCCACGACCAGCCGAUGUCAAAGCCGAGGCCACGCGGAUGCCAAGUCUUCCUGAGGACAAGGCUGAGACGGAGACGCUGCUCCUUCCCGCGCCCAUCGGGUUUUACGGACAGCGCAAUCGUUCGGUGAUGGAGUCUCUCGCAGAAGAGAUCUCCCGCUUCGGCUCUGAGCAUGGCUGCGCAGUCUGGAUGCUGCCGGAUGGGUUGCGAGCGCAGUGCCCGCAAGGCCCCGAGGCUGCAAGCAAGAUUGCUUCUAUAGCUGCCGACUUACUCGAGAUUCUGCACUUCUACCUCCCUGACGUGGCUGACAAUGCUGAUGACGGCGCUGGCUUCGCACCUAUUCCGGAGGGUCGUGAGUACGCAGUGGAGUGGGCAGAUGACUGGGCCUCGUGGCUUGAGCAUAUGCUGCAGCAACAGGCAGAAGAGGCUCGAGGGGCCGAAGUGGCAGAGAUGGCGGAGGCGGAAGUCGCAGGAGCAUCGCUUUUGCGAGCUGAGGCGCUCCCGUUUGUGCCACAGCAGGCCGUGGAUCUGGCAGCCUUGAGGUUGCUGGUUUUGUGUGGAUUGCCAGGAAGCGGCAAGAGCACUUUAGCACAGCGGCUUGGAGGGAACUGGGUGGUCGUAAACCAGGAUUGCCUUGGCUCCCGGCAAGCUUGCAUGAAGGAAGCUCGUGCUGCCUUGAGGCGGCCGAAUGGUCGCAUUGUCAUCGAUCGAUGCAACGUCAAUGUGGCGCAGCGGGCAAUUUGGACACAGCUGGCGGUCCAAGAGUUUGACUUGGAGCCUUGUCAGAUGGGUUGUGUUUGGCUCGAUGUGCCUGAUCACGAAUGUGGUCGCCGGGUGCUGCGACGCUUUGCCCACAAUACACUUCCACCGCGUGAGGCAUCUCUGAAGGUAAUCCGUGGCUUUGCGAAGAAGUGGCAGGCACCAUCAGCGGAAGAGGGCUUCGCGCACCUUUGGCGCAUUGCAUCUGAAGUGGAUGCAGAGGUGUUUUGGUCGGAGAUGUCGGCUGCUGGCCAACUGCUUCCGGACAGUCGCGCCAAGGAGCCGGAAAAGCCCGUUCAAGUGCUUGGAGCCACUCCCGAGUUUCUGGCGCCGCCUUCGAGAGAAGCUCGCGCUCAAAGGGAGCCCUCCACCGAGGAGGGAGCCAUGGAUGCAAAGCCUCGGCCCCCUGGUCGCUUCCAGCUGGAAGAAGCUGCAAAGACGAUGGCGGCACAUGCCGCGCCUGCUCCGCGGCCGGAGGGUGGCAAAGUUUUUGAAUUGCGUCCAGCAGAGGAGGCAAACUGCGCCAGUCCGAGUUCAAGGACCAAAGAGGUUGUGCUGGAGCCCGCUCAGCUGGAUAGUCCAGGAUGCGGUGCGGAUUUCUGGCGUUUGCCGAUGGGUAACGACCAAGAGCUCGACGCAGAGGGCUACUCUGGGGCAAAAGCUCCAGAAGGAGACGAUGCUGCAGCAGCAUCAGCAGCGUCAUCAGCGAUAGCAGCAUCAGCGGCAGCAUCAGCGACAGCAUCAGCAGCAGCAGCAUCAGCAGCAGCGGCCGCAGCAGAAGCCACCGCAGCAGCAGUAGCAGGCGAGGUUGCACACACCGAAGCUGCCGAAGAAGCCGAACCAACAGGGGGUGGCAUCGACUUCUGGCGGCUGCCAAUGUGCUCCGGCUCUACCUUGGAGGAACUUCUCCGAAUUUUCAUGGACCGCGCGUCCAUCCCUAGACUCGUAGGCUUCUUAGGUGCGGCGGAUGCCUUCUCAUGCCCUCCUGCUGUGUCUCACGCUGGCCGUGGCUUCCGGAGAAUCCGAGGCGGUGUCUGCAUCCUCCUCACACUGGUUGAGGCCGGAAGUCGGAAGCUUGCAGUGGAUUGUGGAGAGGGCCAGAGUCACCUGGUCAUCCAUGCCUGCAGGAACAUCAGUGCCCAGCGGGAGCAGGGCGCGAAAGCGGAGCAAGGAGCCUCCGCCGCUGAAGGACAGGCAGCGAAGUCAAAGAGAUACACGCAGGUCUCAGCUGCAGGGGCCCUCAGCUCCCACGAACUGGAGGCAGAGCUUGCCAGACUCGAGAAGCCACGACAGUUCGGUACCCUGGCGGAGCUCGAAGCGGCCGCAGGAGACAAGCUGAGGAUGUGGCAAGUCCCGCUGACGGAUGCCACCGGCCAGAUAGAGAGCGUGGAGACCAUCUGGACACAGCAGGGCGAUACCGGGCCUGCGGGAGAAGCUGGCACAGUGGGCGUCCAGGGCCCACCAGGCCCGCCUGGACCGCCCGGAGACGACAGCACGGCUUCCAUCGACAUGGCAGACUCUGUGGGGCCGGAGGGGCCACCCGGCCGGGCUGGAUCAGAAGGUGACAUCGGAAAGCCCGGUCCGCAAGGAGACCCUGGCCCUGUUGGUCCCCCAGGCAGGCAGGGGGAAUUCAGCGACGAGCAGAAGGCUGAGUUCGUCAAAGUUGUGCGGCAGCUGAACAAAGCCGUGAAGCAUGCGGCAGAGAUGGACAUGAUUGAGAACACAGUGCUGAAUCGCAGGCUCCAAAGGCUGAAGCAGCACUUCUUGAAAAUGCAGGCUAAUUUGACAAUGGCGGAGCACAUACUGAUGGAGCAGACAAAGCAGGUCGAAUGGAAGGUCAAAAACUUCCUGAAGACGGACGUCAAGGUAAACAAGACCAUUGCAGCUGCCAAAAAGGUAAAGGACACUGAAAUGAAGAUUCUGGCCGAGGAGGAGAAAGUGAAGGACGAGAUUGUGGAAGCCACGGCGAACGAAGCUAGCCAAGCAGAGCAGACCGUCACCGAUACGAUGACAUCGCAAUCCCAAGGUGCCUGA